CUCACUACUCCGUACACUACUAUUACUAUCCAAGCCAGGGACACUCGAAUCAGCUAAGGUUCAUCAUCCAGGGAAUUAAUGGGAUAUAUUUGUUAAUCCCUUUCUAUCCCCUCUUCUUUGCGCUCUAUCCUAAUAAAAAGAACUUGGGGCCGCUCGAUGUACUGUGGUUCCAACGGGGUUAAGGGACCUUCGUACUUACAUUAUUCUAUUCUAGUCUGCCGCCCAGUGAAAUACUUCCAUGACAGCUGCUGACUGAAAUAGGACGUCCAGUUCUUUCGGCAGCAGUUAACUAUGGACUAGGCUGUAUGGAUUGAAUCGCCACCUGCUGCGAAACAAACAAUACGCUAUACCAGAUAUUAAAAGUUAAUUUCGUUUGUGGAAUAGAUCCAGAAUCAUGAGGGACACCCAUGCCAUGUCCUUACCAAUCCCCCCCUUGGAAAAGACGCCGAAGCGCUCAAUAACCUUAAGAAAACCCCACCUUCAGGGGCCAAGACAAUAUGUUUGCCGCCCACUAACCAGCUGGGAGCUUACUUGAACACCGGCAUUCUCACACUGCUGCCCUACGGGUUGCAUCUGCGGGUAUCUUUAGCACUUUGUUAGCGGAAGCCUAAUACUUCCGUAACUGGAAAAAGAAUGCGCGCGGUAUAUUUGGGCCCCUGAAUGGAUGCCGACGCUGUAUGGACCCAUAUCCCUGCCAGCGGGCUUCGCGGAGGCUCUUUUUAACUAGUUAGUCCUGCCUACUUUGUUUGGACAACCCAGAGGCCAGGACACGUCUAUCAACUAGUUAGCCCUACACAGUAGCACUGGAAGGUUUUCAAAUUUCAAAACGCUGCCAUUCGGUAGCAAAAAGAUCUCACAACCCGCUGAAAAUAAAUAUUUUCCUAGCUUUACCUUGCUUGUGGCGAAUUAUAUAUAAAUAUGUAUUUGUGGCUCUAUCUAAGAAAGUCGCUGCUCAAGUUCACACGGAAGUCGACAGGAUGAGUGCGUCAGCGGCGAGGGUGGCUCAUGUCAACCUCAUGACAGAUACAGUCAUCGCCAACCUCAAUACAGAUACUCUACGAGUAAUUCUUCGCUCGAUGCUCGUAGCAGAUGAACAAGUUGCAGCACCAACCACGUGCAGCAAUAUCUCCGACACGAUCUACAAAGAACGUCCGUUCCGGUAUUGUUUCCGGUUACCGACAAAUCUACACCAACUGCAUCAGCCUCAUCUUCUUCACCUUCUUCUUCAACACAGCCUCCUCCAGUCCCGACGCCGGAAUUGGCGAAACUACGAGGUACGAGGCCGUACGCAUAGUAUGCUCGCUCCUCGGCUCAGGCCUAGCCUUUGAAAGCCAACAGCUACUCGCCGAGGUGGUCCGGCAAUCCCGCGCACUUCAACUGAAUGGCAGGACGUUUGAAGGCGAGCGACUGGCGGAGGUACUCGUGGCCGUAGACGGCGAUUUGGUCCAGGCGCUUACAGCAGUGCAGAAGGUUGUGACAACCAACAAUUGGGGGAAAACUGGAGAAAUUCCGGCUGCACGGCUGCAGAUUUUACUUAGCCUUCGGACGGACCUUAAGGAAUGCAGAGAACGGAAUGAGGGAUUGGGAGUGGGAUUCGGAUUCGGAAGAGGCUCGAUGAUGCUGGAGAAUAUUCUCUCGACGAUGUCGGAAUGAAAAGAACUUCCUCCCCUUUCUUUUAUUUUCUCUCUCGUUUCUGGCACUUAUCGGAAUCUCCAAAUACUCCAGACCUUCAGGAGCAGAAUGUGAUGCCGAUCAUUCUUCUCUUUUCUUUUCUUACUUCCCCUGUGGUUUUGUGAUACAUUUACGGUUGCAUCAUAUCCAGGGGCAGAUUUCAUCAAAUGUGACGAACUAGUCUGCAAGCAACCGCAGGGUAUCACAUAUAAAUAUACCGUACUACACUCAAAUAUAACCUUAUUCCUCCUUCUUGGCCUGCCACGUUGAAAUUGCAACCUUAAUCAUCAUUCUAACAAUUGCGCUUUGGGAUAUGCUUAUUUCAAAUACAGUUCGCGGAUCAGCCUCCCAAGGAACUAUACAGUCUCGAGGGCCUCUUGUCACUUCAUACAAUAGUAACGACAGAUUACAAAUGCAGGGAAUGAAAACAAAACAUUUUAUUUUUUCUCAG